ACAUACCGCUUAGGAUAAGGCAGAAGUAAAUAGCCUUUUUUCAUAGGAGUUAACUUCAAGAAAAAUGUUAAUGAUAACAGUGGUAAACAAAAUUGUGCAGCUGAGACUGAAGUCUGGGUAACAGAAACAGACCUGCUAUGGCUGCAACGGGAUGAAGGGGAGGGGAAGCAGGCGCUCCCUGAUUAGUUUGAAAACUGCUAAUGAAUGCAACCCUGGCAAGUCAUUAAGAUACUUGGAGCACAAACGAGACCCGGUGGCUUCCCUGGUGGCUCAGUGGUAAGGAAAUCUGCCUGCCAAUGAAGGAGAUGUAGGUUCGAUGCCUGUCUGGGUCAGGAAGGUUCCCUGGAGAAGGAAAUGGCAACCCACUCCAGUCUUCGUGCCUACUUCUUCGAGUAGCCUGGCGGCCUACAAUCCAUGGGGUAGCCAGAGUCAAACAAGGCUUAACGACUGAACAACAGACCCAGGCCUAGAGAAAAGAGGCUGAUGUCGGUUAGAAUCUGGAAACCUGUCUCUCCUCCACACGCCCCUUCUCCAAGCAUGCCCUGCAGCGUUCCUUCGCCGGGAAGCACGAGGGUCCCAAAAGCCUGCUUUUGCCUAUCAGGUAGUAAGCACUCAAGGUUGGAAAAACGAGGUCUGGUUCUUGCGCUCCCCAGAAACUAUGCCCCACCUCCAACUCUUGCUAUCUGGCCUCAUUUUCUCCUUCCAAAUUAGUGAGCCGUAGAGGUCGAGAGCUCCUCUCAACCCGGCGCUCAGAAACCCCAGAAAUUGAGGUGGGGGGUGGGUUGUGGACAGACAGCGGGAAUCAAGAAGGCCUCGAUCAACCUCUCAGGCGGCGGAAGUGCGUCGGUUUGUCCACCCCGCGGAGCAUUUCGGGAAUUGUAGUGAAGUUCGGCGGGGUGCGCAGAAACUGACGGUGUAACCCUUUGGAGACCAGAGCGCGCCGGCGGAACUGGAACAGUUAGGGGCGUUCGACCACUCCCUUUGGCAGAUAAAGCAACUGACGCGGAGACCUUCAGUCCUCUCCUCUCCGCUUGCCCCACUUAAGAGUCUGAUAUCCAAGAGCUGGGCAAGACGAAGUGCCAAGUGGACAGCCCUACCCAACACUUGAGUCGCCAGCUUCCUGUCCCCCCUACCCUGAAACCUUCCAGUUAAGGCCCCUCCGCCCCCGUCCCACGAGCUGCUGCCUUCAGUAACCGGUAGCCGGCCCACCUUUUGAAGGGCGGGGAACUGAAUUUCAGAGAAGGCAAGACUUGCCUAAAGUUGCACAGCAAGUCGGAGUAAGAAACCGGAUGCCUGUCCACCUCCCGCAAUUUCUGAAUCCCCGGUGGCUCUCACCAUUCGUAUCACAUCCCCGCCCCCAACCUUUGUCUCCAGCUGCUUGGCACGACCAAACUCCCUGCCCCGCGGCGAGGAGUAAUCACGGUUGCGCCACGGAGAGGCGGCGAGCCCCAACCAUCCUGCAGCCUGCGGUCCCCUUUAAGAACAGGGCCCGGCGGGACUACGUUUCCCAGAAGGCUUUGCCGGUGCGUUAUGUAACUUUCCCUGCGAAGCGGCCUCUGGGGCAGAAAGAGGCGGCGGCGGCGGCGGCGGGAGAGGCGGGAGCCCGAGGCGGCGGCGCCCGCGGCCCAUCGCGGGGCCCGAGCUGUGCGCCGCGGCCUGGAGCCUGGACCCGGCGGGGGCGCCGACGUGCCUCUGCCAGUCUUCUCGAGGAGGCGGGAGUGAGGAAAAAGGCUUAGGGCCCAGGGGGCGGGGAAGGGGGGCCGGGCCUGGAUCCGCGGGGAGGCCGAGCGAAAGGCCUGGCCGUGGCUCGCGCGGUCCCGGGGACGCGAAUCAAACGGCGGCGGCGCGGAUCGAACGGCGGCGGCGGCGGCGGCGGGUGGAAGGCGAGAGCCCGAACGGGCGCGUGCGGGGGCUAUGGCGUCCGUGCAGGCGUCCCGCCGCCAGUGGUGCUACCUGUGCGACCUGCCCAAGAUGCCGUGGGCCAUGGUGUGGGACUUCAGUGAAGCCGUGUGCCGCGGAUGCGUGAACUUCGAGGGCGCGGAUCGCAUCGAGCUGCUCAUUGAUGCCGCCCGCCAGCUCAAGCGCAGCCACGUGCUCCCCGAGGGCCGUUCGCCGGGGCCCCCGGCCCUCAAGCACCCGGCCACUAAGGACCUGGCUGCCGCCGCCGCACAGGGCCCUCAGUUGCCGCCUCCACAGGCUCAGCCCCAGCCGUCGGGGACAGGCGGCGCUGUCUCCGGCCAGGACCGCUAUGACAGGGCCACAUCGUCGGGCCGCCUCCCCCUGCCCUCGCCCGCCCUGGAGUACACCCUGGGGUCCCGCCUGGCCAAUGGGCUGGGCCGUGAAGAGGCUGUGGCGGAGGGGGCGCGAAGGGCCCUGCUUGGCUCCAUGCCCGGCUUGGUGCCCCCCGGGCUGCUAGCAGCUGCAGUGUCUGGCCUGGGAAGCCGAGGCCUGACGCUGGCACCCGGCUUGAGUCCUGCCCGUCCAGCUUUCGGCUCCGAUUUCGAGAAGGAGAAGCAACAGAGGAAUGCGGACUGUCUUGCAGAACUGAACGAGGCCAUGAGGGGCCGGGCAGAGGAAUGGCACGGGCGCCCCAAAGCCGUCCGGGAACAACUGCUGGCGCUGUCCGCCUGCGCCCCUUUCAAUGUCCGUUUCAAGAAGGAUCAUGGGCUGGUGGGACGCGUGUUCGCCUUCGAUGCUACUGCCCGCCCGCCAGGCUACGAGUUCGAGCUGAAGCUCUUCACCGAAUACCCCUGUGGUUCUGGCAACGUGUACGCGGGAGUCCUGGCCGUCGCUCGCCAGAUGUUUCAUGAUGCUCUGCGCGAGCCGGGCAAGGCGCUGGCCUCAUCAGGCUUCAAGUACCUCGAAUAUGAACGCCGGCACGGCUCUGGGGAAUGGCGCCAGCUGGGGGAGCUGCUAACGGAUGGGGUCCGCAGCUUCCGCGAGCCAGCUCCCGCGGAGGCCCUGCCCCAGCAGUAUCCAGAGCCGGCCCCUGCAGCCCUCUGCGGCCCUCCCCCACGAGCCCCAUCCCGGAAUCUGGCUCCCACUCCACGCCGUCGCAAGGCCUCCCCUGAGCCCGAGGGCGAGGCAGCUGGGAAGAUGACCACAGAGGAGCAGCAGCAGCGGCACUGGGUGGCACCCGGCGGCCCAUUCUCCGCUGAUACCCCUGGUGUGCCCUCCCCCAUUGCCGCUCUGAAGAACGUGGCGGAGGCCCUGGGCCACUCCCCCAAGGACCCUGCCGGGAGUGGGGGCCCUGUGCGCGCCGGGGGUGCCAGCCCCGCCGCCUCCUCCACGGCCCCGCCUCCAGCCCAGCAUCGUCUAGUGGCCCGCAACGGUGAGGCAGAAGUGAGCCCCACAGCAGGGGCGGAAGCUGUUAGCGGGGGUGGUAGUGGCGCCGGGGCGACCCCUGGGGCCCCCCUGUGCUGCACUCUCUGCCGGGAGCGUCUGGAAGACACCCACUUCGUCCAGUGCCCCUCAGUGCCCGGACAUAAGUUUUGUUUUCCCUGCUCCCGCGAGUUCAUCAAGGCUCAGGGCCCUGCUGGAGAGGUAUACUGCCCCAGCGGAGACAAGUGCCCGCUAGUGGGCUCCUCUGUCCCCUGGGCCUUCAUGCAGGGAGAGAUCGCCACCAUCCUUGCUGGAGACAUCAAGGUUAAGAAAGAACGGGACCCCUAGGCCACCACUGCCACCAGUCUACUGCCCAUCCACCCCCGCCCCCCUCCACCCCUUGCCACCCACCGCUGCUGCGGAUAAAUUAUUCCCUCCCCUACCCAGGCCUGUGCCUCCCUCACCUGUGUACAUACCCACUUCCUUAUCCCAGAUGGGUCCCUUGGGGUAGAUGCAUUGAGGGUGGGGGGAGAAAGCUUCUGUCCGAGGGGGUGUUUGGGGUCCCCUGACCCCUCUGGUUUCCCUCUCCCCUCCUUGGCUUGGCUUUGCUGCUGCUUGUAGUUGAGGGAGAGGUGGCCCCCUCCUCCUUGAGAAGGGGCCUCCUGAAAUCUCGCUCUUUAUAAAUGAAGCAAAAGCAUUUUAUUGCCCCCCCCCCCCCCCCCCCCCAUCUUACCCCCUUUUCCUCCUUCAAUAAACCGAAAGAUGGGUUUUUUCCUUCUUGGUCCCUUAGUUGUGUGCGAUGCUGCGCCCCCUUUGGGACUAAACUGAACCUGCAAGGGAGAGGACGUCGCGUUGUAACCUCCAGGUGGCGCCCUUCACUCAGGUGGGCUCACCGGCUGUUUUCACAAAGGCUGGCCGAGCCUUCUAGUCAUCAGCCCGUUUUCCAGAUGCCAGAACUAAGGCUUACGCGGGGAGCGGGGCGGGGGAAGGGGAUGGCUCUUGCAUGGUAGCCACAGCCAAGCUCGGGAAUUAGGUUUCCCGUCUGGCCCAUCCCCGGAAGGUAGAGGACACAGUGCCCCCGAGGGGGGGUGGAAAGAGGCUUCCCAGAAGGGACCAGCUGUGAGUUCUUGCUGGGUAGGGAGAAAAUUAGGCCAGAUUGCUAGGGGGAACUGCGCGAGGACAUUUACCUCCUGAAGUGCACUAAACAGGGUCCCUGGGAAGACGGUGAGUGCUGCUCGCCUGCUGGUGCCCUGAACUGCGCGCCCAUCUCGAGAUCAGCCUCAAGGGCGGCCUCCCUGAGACACCGUGACUGGCCGGGUGGAAGGCACUCCCCCCGCGGUCACCUCUGAUGUGUGCGGCCUUGUCCCGCACCUGUCCCGGCCGGCUGAUUAUUAACCAGGACUUCCUGCUCGCUGGCGUCAGGGGGCGGGGCCUGAGCGGGCUGCAGCAAAGCAGGGGUUAAGGGGAGGGGGCGGCCCCAAGAGCCCAGCCCCCACCCCAGCGGCCUUCCCCACCCCACCCCCCGCCCCUCGCGCGACCCUGACGUGGAGAUUCCGGGAAGGGGGAAAGCGGGGUGCAAAGGCCAGCAGGUGGCCAGAGAGAUGGGGAGUGACUGUCAGACGGCUGUGAGGCCCUAGAUUGCCCCAGGUGUCAGGAACCCAGCUGUUAUAUCACCCAACUCUGGAAGGCCUUAACGUCCAGACCCAUGUUGGUUACCCAGGUGUCCCACCCACAAGUCCCAGCUCCCAAAUAUUAGGGACCCUGGGGCCUGGUCCUCCGUAGCUGCAGCACCCUCAGUUCUUGGUCUGGGGGGUCCCCUCCCUCCCCCCAGCCACCAGGUCUCAGGUGUUCUGUCACCCCUGGCACUGCCAGCCUGGGCUCUGGGCAGGGCUGGGAAAACCACCCCUGAUUAAAUACACCAAGGCGAUAAGUGUGGGGCAAGGGAGACGCUGGAUGGAGCUCCAAGCCUGAGCACCCUUCCUGGGCAAUCUUGUGGCCUCCCCUGACCCAGCUCUGCAGACCCAAGUAUUGAGUAGCUCCCCCUGCCCCCAUCCUGAGUUAAGAGGACUUCAGACGCCAGGGCACUAUGCCCCCGGAGGCUAAAGACCUGUGGAGGACACCUGGUCCUUUAAGAACAGCUGGUGGGUGGGUGGGGGGCAGGGGAGUCACCCCCAGCCUGGCCAGUGUGUAUUCUAGAUAGAGGUUGGGUUAACUAUUAACAGAGCAGACAGCCUGAACUGUGUGGGUGUGGGGGGCUGGAUCAGCCCCUCUUCAUUCAGGGCCAGGGUGGGGCCAGAGCCAAGAGGCUCUGGAGUGAUUUGGGGAUCAGUGAGUGGAUGAAGGGGCUUCAUGAAAGAGAGACAGGGACACAGAGAGAGACUGAGGGAAAGAUGGAGGCCACAGAGGUGAUGAAGGAGCUGUAGAGACUGACUCGUUGAGAGAAGAUAGAGACCGAGAGAGAAAAAAGGAGAGAUCAAUGAAAGACCCUCAGAGAUGAGGGAGAUGUAGAAACAGAGACAAACAUUCAGAAAGGAGAAAUAUCCCAACUGGUUAAGAGAGGCUGAGAUACACUGAGGAAAUGCCAACAAUAGAGAAAGGAGAGAGAAGAGAGAGUCAAAAAGAGGAUGAUAAAGAGGAGAGAGGGAGGGGGGAGGCUGUGAAAUCAGGAAAAGGUACAGGUUUGAACUAAAGAGUUAAUACAUAAGAAGGGCAGGGCUGGGUCUGUCAGUCACUUGGUCCCUAUAUUAAGACCUGGCUCAGUCCUCACCUUCCAGGUCUUAACUCUGCUGACAUGUCCUCCAGGAAGCCCUCCUUGACCCUCAGUCUGUGUUAGGUGCUAUUUCUGGGUUCCUGCUCCCCUAUCCGAGCCCUGAGCAUUCUACAUCUUAAUAGAACUGCACUGCAAGCCCCAUAAGGGCAGAAUCAAGGCUGUCUCAGUCCCACCGAAUCCCCAGUCUUGCCCAGCGCUGGCUGUUUAAAGGAUGGAUAGAUUAAUGGAUUUCUUUCCUUCAAGAAAUGUUUAUUCAGCACCCACUGUGUGACCAGCCCUGCUGUAGGUGCUGGGGAUACAGCAGGGAACAGAAUGCCAUCUCUGUUCUCAUGCAGCUGACGUUCAGGUGGGAGAUACUGACCCAUAAAUUGUGGAUCUCAGCUCCCGAUCAGGAAUCGAACUCAUGCCCCCUGUGGUGGAGGUGCAGAGUCCUAACCACUGGACCUCCAGGGAAGUGCCAGAGAUUGGUAUUUUAAAAAGGGAGGCAGGGCUUUCUAAGAUGACACUAAAAACUAAAGGAGAUGAGGGAGAAAGCCAGGAACACUCUGGGAGAAUAGCAUGUGCAAAGGCCCUGAGGUGGGCACCUGCAUGGUUCGCUCCAGAAGCAGCCAGGCAGUCAGUGCAGCUCUGGCAACAGGGAGAGACAUACAACUGAGGUCAGCGGGAUCGUAGGGGCACAUGGAGGGUCCUGUGGUUCACAGGAAGGACUUUGGAUUUUCUUUUAAUGGGAACAAGUAGAGGGUUUCAAGCCCUGAGAGAAGAGAUGAAACGAAUGGGACCGAAAAAGCAAGGAAUCAGCUGAGAUGGACAGCAUCCUGUUCAGCUCUGUGUCCAGGGCUCAACAGAGGGCCUAGUAUAGACGCCCAGUGACAGUGUGUGCAGGAGGGAAUAAGAGGCAGAUUGACAGAGAAAAGAGUCAGAAUGACAUGAGCUGGAUGGACAAACUCCCAGGGAGAAGCCAGGUUAAGGACCCAGGACGCCCAGGGACAGCAGACAGGCAGACACAGACAGACAGACAGCAGCCCAGCUGAGAAGUCCCAUUCCUUCCAGAGGCCUCCCCACCCGGAAACCUUCCUAGGAGCUGGAAAAAUCCCCCAGUCCCCCCUGCCCGCCUUGCCCUGUGGCAUGCCCACUCACACCUCAGGCAGAGGAAGCUGGCAGGCCCCACAGGAAGCUUUCUGUGCGGGGGGAGUAAGGGCGGGCGGGCGCAGGGACGAAGAGAGAGGAGUGGCGGGCGGGCAGGCAGCGGGCAGCGGCUACACAAAGGCUCCAGUGUCUGCCCCUCCUGCCCCUGGGUACAGAUAUAAAUAAUAUGUACAUAUACCUUUAUAUAUAUAUAUAUAUCUACCAGUGAGCUGGGGUGGGAGGCUAGGGGCCACACAGUACCCCCCUAAGGACCCUGGUAGAGCAGAGGUUUGCUCCUGUGGGGUCUGGGGCCUCAGAGACAGUGACCAAGACUGAGCGGUUCCGGGUGAGAGGGACUUACAAGGUUCGAGAGAAAUAGGAAGAGGCUGGCAGAUUGUGGCCCCAAGUUAAAAUCCAGGUGCCAGAGAGAGUCGGAGGGCUCAAUCAGAGACAGAUAGGAAAGGAGAUCAGAUUUCCCUGAGAAAAGACAGAAAAAAAGUCCAAGGUAGAUGGGACAGAAUGAAGACAAGGGUCAUUCCAGAGAAUGAACCACAGAGAAAUGCAGGUGAGAGGAAGUAGGGACAGAAAGAAGCAGAGAGGCCAGCAGACAGCCAGGGAGCGACAAAGAGAAGCAGGCAGGCAAAGGCCAAGGCUGGGGGCUUGGGAAGGUGGGGGACCGUGGGUGGGGGAAGGGUCAGGGCACAUCUACAGUUUAGGGGCACCGCCUGUGGGGCUCUGGGCCAGCCCAGUCCAGGGCAGGCUAAGGGGCAGGGAGCGGAGAUGAGGGAGGUGGCCUUUGUGUUCCGGAUCUUGGUGUUUACCUGGGGCAGGCAUUGCAAACAGGCGCCCAGCCUGGCCCAUGGCAGGGCGAGGGUGGGAUGGGCUGGGCUGCAGCUCUGGGCACCAGUGGGCCUGACACGCCCACCUGUGGCCUGGGUGGUGAGUAAAACCCAUGGGACACCUGGGUAGAUGGUGACACAUAGGGGGACAGACACAGUGACACACAGGGACAGAUAUAGGCAGACCCAGAGCGUCCGAGACAUAAACAGACCCACAGAAGCCAGUGACAGAGACACGCUGUAAUAGACAUGGUGACAGGCACCAGGACACAGCAGUGGGCAAACACAGUGAGCUCAGAGACAUGGCGACAAAACACAGAGACCGGGAACACAGGCAGACACACUGCAGACGACAGCAGCACAGGGACACACAUGCAGACACCGCGACACAAACACCCACGGAAACCCAGCAACAAGACCCUGAUGCCGAGACACACGGACGCACGCAGCACUCGCUCACACACUGACCACACAGAUCACGGAGUAACACGGAGGCCUGCAGACGCCAUGACAGUGACACGCUGACACCAAGGUACACACUGACAUUGACUCCCGGACUGCUGGCUUCUGGGGUGCCCCCUCGGCCUCUGGUUGCGGGGUGUGAGUGGGGCUGAGCAUGGGGGAGGGCUUGGGACCCCAGGGCCCCGCUGUGCUGCUCUUACCCCUCUAGAACAGCGCCCUGAUUUAGGGCCCCAGCUCUGGGCCCGGGUUCAAGUUCUAGCUCCCCACUCACCACCUGUGUGACCUUGGACAAGUUACUUCUUCAUGCCUCAGUUUUCCCAGUAAUAAAAUGGGUGGUGGGAAGGACUGGCUCCACUGUCAGGUGCUUCCACGAUGCUAGACACGUGGUGCGCCUGAGUAACUGUUGUUAUCGUUUCGUUUCUCUUCUUCUUCGCCAUCAUCGUCUCACGUUUUCUGAGGCAGGUGGCUCUCUGCUCACAGCAGGGACCCUGCCUUGCCCUCUGUUUCCCCACCCACGGGCUCCUCCCUUGGACCACGUCACCCAAAGCCACGAGCCGUGCCCAGGUCCGUCUGUCCCAGCCCAGGCUUCUCCGUGUCCCCGUGCUGUCCCUCCGUCCCUGACCCCCAGCGUCUUCAUGUCUGUCCGUGCGUCCCAUGUGUGACCGUGGUACUUUUCCAUGCUGGCCGCCCGCCGGCUGUCCCUGGGGUGGGGGUCACACCUGCCCACGCCGGCCGAGCCAGUGGCCACCAGACACCCUGACGGACGGCCCCACCCUCCCCCCCAGGACCCUACAACAACACCCGCCCCUCCGGCCACCUGAGGUCCCCACUGGGGCGGCCUGAGGCCUGAGCCUGGGGACAGGAAGCCCCAGGCCUGGCCGCCCUGAAAGCCUCUUUCAGCCUGGGCCUCCUCCGGCCGCCACCGACUCCUCCUGCGGAAUAAUAUUUGGGCUGUUGGCCGGGGGGCGGGGGCCAGAUCCGGAGGCCGCCUGGGAGAAGCCAGAAACCGCAGGGCUUCCUGCCUCAGGCCGGCCGACUCCGGGAGAGACCCCCAGGCCCGAGGGAGGGGGGCGGGCACCCGGGGAGACUGAGGGCCUUUCUCUCGGCACCAGUUGUUUUUUCCAGGAACCAGGAGGAAUUCCCCAGCCUGCCCAGGACAGCGAGGCUGGUGGGACGGCUGACGGGGAGCCAGCGCGGCAGGGGGCGGGGGGGUGACACGCAGCCGGCGGGGCGGGCAUGGUGACAGAAAUAGAGGGCCUGGCCCGAGAGGUGGCAGGUAGAGGCGGAAACUCAGGGAGCCGGGAGAGGGAGGCCAAAGGAGGAGGAGAGAGGCCGGAGAACCAAGGGAGUGGAGGGAGGCAGACCCCAAGAGGGGAAGACUUAGAGCCCCAAGGGAAGGAGGGAGCAUUCAGACAGGGAGGGAGGGACAGACUCAGAGGAAUGGAGAGGAUGAGAGAGAGAGAGAGCAAGGCAGAACAUUCGAGAGACAGAUGCACAGAGGAUGUGCGAGCUGCCCACAAACCAAAGGACAGAGAUUAAGACACAGAGACAAGUAGGGACAUAGAUGACACUAGGGGACAGACAGAUGGACACACAGGAAGUGGAAGAAACAUCCCUCUCCCUUCUGUCCUCCGUCUGUCUCUCUGUCACUUUCUCAUACACACACACACACACACACACGUAAAGAAACAGCUUUUGGUCUUUGAAUGGACUGACUAAAUGAAUGAGUGGCUACAGAGCCAACAGCCAUGAAAGGCAAAUACAAACUAAGGAAAAGACACCUGCUCCAGCCAGCCUGGCGGCAUGACCUUGGCCCCGGCCUUUCCCAUUCUGGGCCUCAGUUUCCACCCUGUGAAAUAAGGGCCGUGAAAAACACACCUAUGUUUCUCAGAGAGCCAUGCCCUCAGGGACAUCGGAGCCACAGAUACCAGACUCAGGGCCUAGGCAGAGACCUAGAUGAAUAGAAGCCCCUAGACCCCAAACCCAGAGGCCCCCAGCGCCCAAAGGAAGAGUCAGCUCCUUUUCCCCACACCUGCAUGUGAAAGAGACACAGACACACUAGAGCCAGCCAAUAUACACUCACACACAGCCACAGCAGUGACAGGGAGGUGGCAAAGCCAGGCAUAAGUCACAGAGACAUAACUUUUUAGAAGACAUACAGACAGAUGCUGACUCACAGAAAUACACAUGAAACACACAAUGACCCACACCACCGAAGUAGGCACAGGCAGACUCCUUGAGGCAGCAGGCAAGUAGACAAAGGGACGUACAGACACACACAUCCAACAGUGUGAGACCCAGAGGGUCCCAGGGAUAGGUGUGUCAGAGAACCACACACACACAAAACAAGGCAGACGCACAGCAGUCUGGUAUCCUGAGACAUCUACAGUAAGCACACAGAGGACGGACAUAGAAACUAACACAAUUAAGGGAUACAAGCCAUAGGUAACACCCACAGCAGACCACGGGGACCUCAAUGGCUGUAGCGAUACCCUAUGACCCACAGAAGCACAGGCGCACAAACGUGCACACGCGUUUACACACACACACACACAGUCUCCUUCAGUUGGCACCUCAUUUGUCCCUCCUCCUCCUCCUCCUCCCCUCCAGCUUAACCAAAAAUUGAGUGGUCCCAGGGCUCUCUAAACCUCAGUGCUAGAGGCAUGUGUCGAGAGAGUGGGGGUGGGGAGAUGGCCUUGGUCACUUCAGAGCCACCUCCGCCUGCUGCCCCAGCCCCACGGCUGCGGGGGCUGCUAUCUGUGAGCAAACUGUCCUUGGGGUCAGGGACAGCAAAGAGCCAAAGGUCAGGUCGAUGCCUCCCCCAGCCCUUCCCCCAGAGGCAAACGGCUCUUGGGGGCAGGAAGGAGAGGGGACAGGACACAGCAAUUCAGUUGUUUCAGCCUCGAAGGGCCCACUGGCUAAGGAAAAGAUACAUUCAAUAAGAGGCAGAAAUGGUGCCUUUAAUGGUCAAACACAGCCAGUAUCCCCCUUCCCCGGCAAGAACCAGACUUUAGUAGAAAUCCUCCACACCCUAACCAGUCCUUUUUGGUUUCUCCUGGAUCAGAGGGAGAAUGGGCUCCAGGAAAAAACAACAACAACAACAAACAAGGAG